AUGAAGCUCUGGCCAUACCUCGAGAACCUUCGUACUGCAAGAGCACACGUGAACGCAGGUACAGACCAUAGGUCAAGGGCUGUAACUAUACCUCUCAAUCCAGAUGACUGGUUGAUUGAUCUCAAACCUGGAACCAAUUACGAUGAUAAACCCGACGUGAGGAUGUACCUCCGUUUACUCGGACGAGCGUCAAUGCCUCACCUCAGACAUGAAAAAGAUCAGAUCGAAGCUGGAAGGAGCUAUCUGGCAGAGGAGAUGAAGGAGGAGAGAGGAGUUUUCGUCCUCCCCUCUGAUCUCUCUUCCUCACCGCACAACGCCCUCAACAACCCUUACUAUCUCUCUCCUUCACCCAACAAGCUCCAAUGGACACAGCUCGACUCGAGAGGGUGGUGGUACUUUGCUUCGUUAACUCCCGUUAUGAUGAGAGCGAGAUGUUUCAUGGAUAAACAAGGUGGUAGACCAGGUGAAAAGUUUGUAAUGACCAGGAUGACCAAUGUCACGAAUUUCAAAGAGAAGAAUCCAGGUUUGAAGUUUGAGUAUGUCAAGACCAACAUCCGAGCACCCCUUCUUCCCGGUGUGACCCCACCUCCCCCAGGUACAGACCGCUUCACCCUGCUCAUCUCUCAGCUUUACCGAACCAACAUUCACCCAGCGCUGAGGUACCAUUUCCUCUGUGUGGCCGAUAUCGAGGAGAUCGAAGAGCACAUGGACGCGAUUUUGGACAUACCAGGUGUGAUCAUGCGUGGGUGGUAUCCUCAAGCUUUGGAGCCGAACGAAGGUUGGGAAGCGGUAGAUAAGAAUAGGAUUGUAUUCUUGGAUGGAUGGACGGAGAAAGAACGUGAGGCCAGGGCGAAAGAGAUUGAGAGGAUCAGGAAGUACAAUUUGGAUGAUUAG